GCCGCUGGAAAAGUUUGGGCUCUGGCUUGCGCGCGCAGAGGCUGAGCCCGCGGGUCCCGAGGACACGCGGCGGGGACGGCGGGGACGCGGUGACAGGGGCCCGAGCGACAGCUGCGACAGGGACCAGUUCACGCACCCCCAGCUCCUCGACUCUCCCGGUGCCCCGUCCCGCCGCCGCCUGCGAGCCGGGAAGGUCGCCAGGAUGCGGGUGGCCCGGGUGCCCUUCCCAGAGGGAGGCUCCUGCUCUGCCCACCCUGGCUGGGGUCCGGCCGGGGCCACCAUGGAAGCCUGAGCCGGAACGUGUUCUCCGGCCAUGGACGUGCCCAGGGCGCCCUCUGGUGGGAUCUGGAGCUGAGCCUGGCCCAAGCAAUGGCCGUGGUCCCGACACCGCGGCCCAGGUCCUCCCCUGGGAACCAGACCCUGUACGAGCACUACAGCUACGUAGGCAAGCUGGAGGGCAGGCUGAAGGAGGCCCCCGAGGGCAGCACGCUCACCACCGCGCUCUUCCUCGUCAUCUGCAGCCUCAUCGUGCUGGAGAACCUCAUGGUGCUCAUCGCCAUCUGGAAAAACAACAAGUUCCACAAUCGCAUGUACUUCUUCAUCGGCAACCUGGCACUCUGCGACCUGCUGGCCGGGGUCGCCUACAAGGUCAACAUCCUGAUGUCAGGCAGGAGGACGCUGAGCCUGUCUCCCACCGUCUGGUUCCUGCGGGAAGGCAGCAUGUUCGUGGCCCUCGGCGCGUCCACAUGCAGCUUGCUGGCCAUCGCCAUCGAGCGGCACUUGACCAUGAUCAAGAUGCGGCCGUAUGACGCCAACAAGAAGCACCGCGUCUUCCUGCUGAUCGGAAUGUGCUGGCUCGUGGCCUUCUCGCUGGGCGCCUUGCCCAUCCUGGGCUGGAACUGCCUGCACGACCUCGCCGACUGCUCCACCAUCCUGCCUCUCUACUCCAAGAAGUACAUCGCCUUCUGCAUCAGUGUCUUCACGGCCAUCCUGGCCACCAUCGUGGUCCUGUAUGCACGCAUCUACUUCCUGGUGAAGUCCAGCAGCCGCCGCGUGGCCAGCCCCCACAACUCGGAGCGCUCCAUGGCGCUGCUGCGGACCGUGGUCAUCGUGGUGAGCGUGUUCAUCGCCUGCUGGUCCCCACUCUUCAUCCUCUUCCUCGUCGACGUGGCCUGCAGGGCGAGGGAGUGUGCUGUGCUCUUCAAGGCCCAGUGGUUCAUCGUGCUGGCCGUGCUCAACUCGGCCAUGAACCCUGUCAUCUACACGCUGGCCAGCAAGGAGAUGCGGCGGGCCUUCUUCCGGCUGGUGUGCACCUGCCUGGUCCGGGGCUGGGGCACCCGCUCCUCGCCUGCCCAGCCCGCCCUCGACCCCAGCAGGAGCAAGUCCAGCGGCAGCAACAACAGCAACCCCUCGCCCAAGAGCAAGGAGGACCCUCCCCAGAGAGCUGCCUCGCCCUGCAUAAUCGACAGGAACCAAACCCUGCAGAACGGGGUCCUCGGCAAGUGAGAGCAGCCGCCUCCAGGAGCGGGAUCCUCGCACGCUCGUGGGACGGGGGCACUCUGCACGCAGCCACGGUCUUAUUUAUUGCAUGCCUCACCCCGGGAGCUCCAGAGCAAGGACUCGGGAAACCUACUUGCCAACAGCCUGCGUAGCGUGGACGUCACUUAAGGGGGGGACCGGGCGACUUGCCAGCUUAGUCCACGGUAGACAGUGUGCCCAGUCUGCAUCGGCUCCAGAGUCUUCUGAAUGUCCCUGGCUGUGGACGUGAUCGGCUGCCUUCCCCUGAGUCCCAGCGGCCACUGUCUGUGGUGCCGGCAGAGGGAAGGUCGCGGGCCACACAGCGUAUGGCGUGCCUCGUCCAACGUCACGGUGAUGUUUGGGAACUUUACACUACAUUGUGCACGGAAUAGAUGCUGGUGUAUCCGUCACAUCCAGGUCACUGAGCACUGGUGUUUCAAACGUCUGCCAUCGGUACGUGUCACUGGCUCCCUCGGGUGAGAGCAGCACGUGGCAUAGUAUAAGGAUGUGGCUGGAAACCAGGCGGAGUCCCGGUCCCCUCAACUGACCUGAGGGCUCAUGUUCAGCAGGCUUGGCUUGAAUUCCCAGAAGUGGCUGCUCCCUGGAGGGUCUCGAGGGUGUGGGUUGGACCCAAAGAGACUGGAGAGCCAGAGAACUCCAGGGUAUGUGUCCCUGCUUCUCCUCUGUCUUCUGUCCCUGUGGACUCCUCCAUCCAAAGUCUUACUAGCCAAAUCAUGUAGUUGUUGGGGUUCCUACAGAUCCCAGAAAAGCCAGCCAGGGUUUCCCAGGAGGCUGUCCCCAGGCCCACCAGGAAGAGAACCCACAUUGGAAGAGGGCACCAACACCGUGGCCAGAAGCCAGAGGCCACAGUCUGUGUAACGUGAUGGAACGUUCAUCCUGAGUGCGGAGAGCUUUACUUGCUCCUGUGUGCAGUCUGAUUCUCUUUGACCGGAGAACUGAGUCAGUGGCCCCGGGUUGUCCCUGUGGAGCAGCUGGGACGGUCAGCAGCUCGCCCCGCUCCCCAGCUGAGCCCGACGGUGCCAUGUCAGGAGCACGUCUGGGAUCCGGUGGUUUGCACGAUCUUCAAGGAAAUGGAGUGAUGUCGUCACCCCCUCUUCAGUGUAGGUUGGCCCUGCGCCCCGUUAGCAGGGAGUUGCUUAGAAGGCGUUUCUGUGCAUGCCUUCCCCAUGGGUUCCAGCAGCAGGACAAACGGACGAGGAGAACGUGCACUCGUCUGUAAAGAUCUCAUAACCACAGAGGUGACGUGCUCGGUUUUUGGGAGAAACAGCACAGAGCAACCUUCCAAAGGACUCCACUUGGGCAAGCCCGCGUCAGAGCCCCUGGGCUCUUCUGAUUCGCGGGACACUUCGACCGAGUCAAGACUCAGGAGAUGUGUCGAUACGUUAGCUUUCGAGAAGCUGGCUCCUGCGUGCUGUCCGAUGUACGUUCCCGGAUGGAGGAACAUUUCUGUGGUCCUGGGCGGUCUCCACGUACUGAUCAAAGACUUCCUCAUUUUUGUUAUUAAGAGUGAAGUCCUGUCUGUCAGGAGACGCUCAGCGGCGGCCUUCGUGUUGGCUUCCUUCCGCAGUCGAGGAGGAGCUCGCUGUCUCCUCCGAGCACACGUCUGGAACGCGAGCACGGGGAGAACGAGCCGGUGCUUUGGGGCACAGCCUGGGCAGUAUGUGUCCACGCAGCAGGCAAAGUGACUGCAGGGCCCCUCAGCUCUGGCUCGGAGGGCUGUGGGGGGCCCUGGGGCUCUGGUGCUAAUGUUAGUGACCCUUGCUCCUUGACCACAAUUUCCCAGAGACAACACAAAACUUUGACGCAGUCUGAAUGAAAAAAAAUACGCCAAAAAGAUGCAGGAAAUGGUUACCUUUGAUAGCGCUGCAUGCGGUCUCCUGCAUGCGUGUUUGUGCAUGUUUGUGUGUGUUUUCAUGUAUGUAUUAUGUGUGUGCUGUUUGUGCACAUGCAUGUUUGUGUAGGGGAGUGUGCACUACUGUGUGCAUAUUCCUGUGUCCAUGUGCUUGCGUGUGUGAAUGU